AUGAAUGAAGACCAAACUGAAAAAACAAAUCCACCAACAUAUUUUGGAAUUAAAACAGCUCUUUGUAUAAAAAAAGUUAAUUUAUGUAAAUUAGAGAAGAACCACCAAUAUACCAAUCUUAUAAUUAAUCAGCCGCAAGAAUUAGGAGAAGCUUUAAGAAAUGUUGUUUGGAGAUUAAGAUCGGAGGUGCGUGCCCAGAAAAAAACACUUAAAAUACCAAAUACUUUACAAGAAUUUCAUAAUGCAUUUCCUAAAUUAAUAAAACAGUUAUUUAAUAGUUUUAUCAUUUGUAUUUUACAAAAAAAGUGGGAAAUAGUACAAAAAAAGCGUAUACAACAUGGAUUGAUUCCAACAGAGUUUAAUUUUACAAGAGCUAUAAAAAUUUCAACAUUUAUAAUGUCAUUAAUUUUUUCAAUGGCAUUUCCGGGUAUCAAUAUUUGGCUUACACAUGUAAUGAGUUCUCUUUGUAGAAAACCUAAGCAACUAAAUUCACUUUAUGCAAUUUUAUGCAUGGCAAAUGUUGUUUCCCAUACAAAUCGUUAUGAACGAAAGUUAGAAAAACAAUGA